AUGGUUUCUAAGAAGUCUAAUACCCUCUAUAGACUUGAUCAUGCCGAAUAUCAAUAUCAUUUAAUUAAUCAAACGCUUUCUGAGUUUCAUCCCCGUCUGAAGACUACUCCUAAAUAUUAUAAUUCUAAGGGAAAGAAAUCAUCUAAAAAGAUGGAAAAGCUAUUACAAGUGUCAAAUAGUGAACAGUUAUCUAGGGAUGUGAAUGCAUUGAAAUUAGAACUGUUGAAUAAUAAAGUUCACUAUGCUGAAACUAAGUUAACUCAUUAUUUCUUCAAACAAUUAGAAAACCAGUAUAGUAUGCUUCAUAACAAAAAGGAUAAAGAGGACACGGCGUCUAAGAAGUUACAAUGUUUGGAAGAAUUGAAAACAAGUAUAGAUUUUCUUACCUUUUCCCGCUUACUGGCGCGAUCAAAGGUUAUUAAGGUGGUUAUAUCAAAGGUGUGUUCAACACGUGGAUUGAAGAAUGGUCCUCCCGAAUGGUUUGAAGGCCAUGACAUACUCAAAGAAUUUAAUGACAAGGACGCAGAUUGCAAUCCCAGUAGGGUUUGGAAUAAAGUCAUUAAAGGAACUGCAGGAUUGGAACAACUAGUAUCACAAUUAAUGAACGUCCGAAGUGUUAAAGAAUUAAUUUCUGGAUUAGAAGCUGGUAUUGAAAUUGUUUUAGGUGCUCGGAAGAAUGCACUUGCUGAAGAAUCGACGAUACCCGGCGAUAGUAAUUCAAAAGUUGUUAGCAAGGCUACUGCUGCAUCUUCUGAUGACGAAGCCCUCAGUAGUAAAUCGAACGAGGAAUAUGACAGUGAAAAAAGCGGUAGCGAGGACGAUUCAAGUACUUUUGAAGAAGAUCUUGAAAAUUGUGAGGAGAUAGAUGAAGAGCAAAUUUUAGCACAAUACAAAGGCAUGGUUGUCGCAUCAGAUGACGAAGACACAGAAGAAGUUGAAUACCAGCUGGACACCAAAAUCAACUAUAAUGAAGUGACAGAUGAGGAGCCUAGUGAGGCCUCAGAUGAUAACAUUGAAUUGUCUGACAACGAAGAAGAAGAACCACGCGAUGGACCUGCUAAAAAGAAGCAGCGGAACGAGAUAAACCCAACAGGGAAAUUACCAGCUUUGAUGGCUGGUUACUACAGCGGUGAUGAGGAAGGUGGAUCCACGGACGAUGAUGUCGCUAAAGCACAGCUCUCCAACAAACCACAACGGAAGAACCGUAGAGGUCAAAGGGCAAGACAAAAGAUUUGGGAGAUGAAGUAUGGGAGAAGUGCUAACCAUAUUCAAAAGCAGUUUAAAAAGGAACAUGAAGAGAGAGAGACAAAAAGACGCGAAUACGAGGAGAGAGUUGCUAAACGUGCUGCUAGGGAAGCUGGACAACAAAGGGUAUUCUCUUUAGCCGAGAGAUCCAAAAUGAGAGAGAUGGGCAAAAAUUCAGUAAGGAAUUCUACGGAAAAUCAGCCUUUGCAUCCAUCUUGGGAGGCCAAGAAGUUGGCUGAAGAAAAACGGAAGAAUGCCAAGUUUCAAGGAAAGAAGAUUACGUUCGAUUAG